CCCGGGGUGUGGGCACCGCAACUGUCCCCGUGCCCGCAGGAUCGAUGAUCCCACCUGCAACAGUUGGAACGCAGUACCGAUCGACCGUGAUGGACACCGCGAAAACCGGGCGCCGAUUCUACCCGGAGAUGCGACGCGCAGAUGCAGCUGGCCAAACCGGCAGCAAUAGCGCGGCGCAGCCGGUUGCGGAGCCGCCGACAGUGUCCGCAACUCCACCGGCCCCCUCGAGGAGUGUCAAUGUUGUCGCGAGUGCGCAGCAGUCGCCCGAGCACUUCUACGUGUCGCCGACCCUUAUGACGGAUUGUCUCUCCAGCAGUCUCCCGGCGAAUGGGAACGCGCCGCAGCCCGAGAGUGGCGAAAAGGCUGGUAAAGACAAAGACGCUGCUUCGAACGACGGGGCGGAUUCUGACUCGAAACCGCCGGAGGGAGUUGGUACUUGCUUUCAACAGGCUCAUGAAUGAAGACAAAAAUGUUGGAGCUCCACCUCUUGCGUAAAGACGAAGUAAAGUUAUCAAUUUGUGUAGAAUUAGUUCGUGAGUCAUACGAGUCUUUCUUUCAUCAAUCAAAUACGAAACAGAGCAUGUUCAAAUCCACCAGGUACUGUGGCCUACCCCGACGCAGAUGGAUUGGCCGCCUUCUCCCGCAUCGUCCCGGCGGACAUCAAAUUUCGGCCGGGGUCGCGCUACAAAGGACAGGCCAAGUCCAUGCGCCCCCCGACGUUGCCGUAUUGUGAGGCAAAAUCCCCCCUCCCCAUAUUGAAAAGGUAUGCUUCCGAAAAUUUGCGUUGCUGAUUUGAGGUCACAAAUCACAUUUGGCUUGCAAGAAGACAAAGCCAGAAAGUCCGCCGCAUCAUGCAGGCGGUUUGUGAUGCUGUUGGGCUUACAGAGCCGACAUCUGUCACGCUAGUCGCCUACGUCCAAACCUCUCGACUCAGGCUUGGCAUAUGCAUGCAGUCCUCUCCAGCAAGACAGACCCGAUUUGCGUACGCAAAUCCAGCAUCAGAAGUUUCGUUUCGAUAUGGGGAGGGGGGAUAUUUCCUUUUGAUAUGCCGUCCUCAAAAACGAAUGGCGACAACUCCACGACCUUGAUGAAUUCCUUUGCGUCGUCGUCCGGCUUGGGGAUGAAAAAUGCAAGUGGGGACGCUGCGGCUUUGGCGCCAGGGUCGCCACGGGAGAUGGAAAAUGCGGCGUGUUGAAAAUCGCACUGCUUCGAGAUAAAUUUGAAUGCUCGCACUCACUUGCAUUGAUUUAUGGCACGAGCCUUCUGGGCGUACAGAAGCACCUCGGCAAUGCAGAGGCACUAGCUCAAACGGAUUUCUUGGAUUGUGAAUAGUAAAUAAAAGCAAAACAGACCUACAUCUGUGAAUUGUGUCGUUUGAAAAGUUACACUAACAGCAACGAUAGCACGCAAAUUCAGUUUCACGAAAAAGUAUUACAUCGACCAUUUUCUCGAUUUGCAAUGAAUUAGCAUUACGAUUACCAGGAUCCCUUGCAUAAUUUUUACACAGGUUUCUGCUUCAACAGGCUUCGUUUUCUUUCAAGUGUAUAUGUAAACAAACAACAAUGAUCAAUCUUAUCUAGGGGUUGUUAUUUCGAUAGGUCUUUUCUUGAAAUUGCCAGCGUUCUGAUUAUCUGCUGUAAGAAAAUUAACUUCGAGUACAAACAGGCUGCAAGUUUCUGUUGACGUAAGUUGCACUUAACUAUUUUCGUAAGUUUGAAAAAUCCAAAAAUGAAAUCAAAAUCAAAGCUUCUUGGAAGAUAGAACCGACGACGCUUAUCCAAUCGAAACGAGAAUGACGUUGUGGUUUGAAAUAGUGAUAGCAGGAUGAAAUUGAAAUAGCAAGUAUGACAAAGCUUCGUCCAAUACUGACUAUGGAUAUUCAUUAUAUUGCAGUCGUCUUUAACUUUAUGUCUUUUCUGCUAGGAUUCAUCUAUUUGAUUUCUGUUUCACAAACUCUCUCGGCAUUCCAAACUAGUUCACUUUGAGUGUACAAUAAAUAUACAGGGUCGUAGCGUUGACUACUUGAGGCUAGAUAUAAUAGCAUGUAAAAUCACAGAUGAGUCUACAAAUUUCCGCCCUAUUCGUAGACCAAAAACGAAACAGAAAAGAGAAAUUUCUGAGGCGUAAGUGGCACAGAUAUGGCGAACGACAGAGUUCCAAAGUCUCCAAUAAAAAAAGCGAAACACUGUAUACCACCGACAAAGACAGCGACAUCAAUGCACAGCGCUGCGUUGAUUAUGCCUUCAAAAUGGACAACAUCAAACAAUAAAUUGAAUCGGUAGACCUGUACAAUAUCGAUAAACAAAAUUUUGCUUGAGCCAAAUCUGUAUAUUAUCAAGCGCAGUAUCGAAAUAUUCUAAAAAAAAAACGAUAACGAAAUACACGCUAUAUACAGGAAAAAGAAAGAAGUAGUAGGUGAUGGGAGUACAACGCACUUCUGUCAAUUUGGAGAAAUAUGAAUAUCGG